ACACCGGUCCGCGGCCCGACUCGCAGUCCCAGCCCCGCCGAAGCAGGCCGCCACCAUGAAGUGGACCCUGGUCGCCCUCUGCGUCUGCGCGUGCCUGGGCUUCCUCUGCGUGCUGGCGUCGGCGCAGACUCCGGCGACGCAGGAUGUGCGCCUGGAGUGCUCCGAGGCCGGCACGCCCCCGCUCCUCAAGUCCAUGGCGGCGCGCAACGCCAUCGUGGACGUCAUCAACAAACUGUUCCGGUGCAUGGAGAAGACCGCGGCCAGCAUGUACAGAGUCGUCAUGUCCAUCGUCCGCGACGUGACGGGCUGCGUGGCCAAGUUCCCCACCGACUUCUUCAAGUGCCUCGCCAAGCUAAACGUGCCGCAGAAAAUAUCGGACAUCAUCAACGCGCUCAUGGAGACCGUCAACUGUGUGUCGUAGGAGUGUUUCGGCAGUGCGCGAGCGCGAGGCGACGCCGCCUAACCGAGUGCUAUUCUACUACCCUCAGCCCGGCGGGGGGCUGGAUACUGGACACUGGGACACCGCCAGCGCCUCCCACUCGGCCCUUGAAUAAAUUGCCUGUUUUAUUCCAGACGAAUCAUCUGAGAAUCAAGCUGAGCUUAUUGCGUAAACCAGGAAGGGGGUCUAAGUUUUCUGCGCGCAGAAAACCGCGGGUUGUGCUCGUGAGCGCAGACUGGCAAAUUGAAGCCUCUGGAAAGUUGUAAGUUUCAAUAAAUAUCUGUCGUUGUUUUGUGAUAAGCUG